AUGGACGCUGCGCCGCCCCUAGCCGUCGCCAUGCACACCCGCCACGCUCUCGGUCCCCAAUUACCGCUUUUUGUCGCCUUUCAGCCUACCGGCGUGAGUGGUCCCGGCCGCUCUCCUCUUGUCGCCCUCACGACGACACUGCUGCGGCCACCGGAGAGAGUGGAUGAAGCGCCCCGAAUGGCCGUCCUGGCAGUAGGAGGGUCGUCGGGCGGACAGAGUCGUUGUGCCGUCCAAGUCGCUCCGGCGCGAGCCAAAGAGGCGGAACACGCAGCGGACGAGCUCACGCCUACCGGCGUGAGUGGUCCCGGCCGCUCUCCUCUUGUCGCCCUCACGACGACACUGCUGCGGCCACCGGAGAGAGUGGAUGAAGCGCCCCGAAUGGCCGUCCUGGCAGUAGGAGGGUCGUCGGGCGGACAGAGUCGUUGUGCCGUCCAAGUCGCUCCGGCGCGAGCCAAAGAGGCGGAACACGCAGCGGACGAGCUCACGCCUACCGGCGUGAGUGGUCCCGGCCGCUCUCCUCUUGUCGCCCUCACGACGACACUGCUGCGGCCACCGGAGAGAGUGGAUGAAGCGCCCCGAAUGGCCGUCCUGGCAGUAGGAGGGUCGUCGGGCGGACAGAGUCGUUGUGCCGUCCAAGUCGCUCCGGCGCGAGCCAAAGAGGCGGAACACGCAGCGGACGAGCUCACGCCUACCGGCGUGAGUGGUCCCGGCCGCUCUCCUCUUGUCGCCCUCACGACGACACUGCUGCGGCCACCGGAGAGAGUGGAUGAAGCGCCCCGAAUGGCCGUCCUGGCAGUAGGAGGGUCGUCGGGCGGACAGAGUCGUUGUGCCGUCCAAGUCGCUCCGGCGCGAGCCAAAGAGGCGGAACACGCAGCGGACGAGCUCACGCCUACCGGCGUGAGCGGUCCCGGCCGCUCUCCUUUUAUCGCCCUCACGACGACACUGCUGCGGCCACCGGAGAGAGGGGAUGAAGCGCCCCGAAUGGCCGUCCUGGCAGUAGGAGGGUCGUCGGGCGGACAGAGUCGUUGUGCCGCCCAAGUCGCUCCGGCGCGAGCCAAAGAGGCGGAACACGCAGCGGACGAGCUCACGCCUACCGGCGUGAGCGGUCCCGGCCGCUCUCCUUUUAUCGCCCUCACGACGACACUGCUGCGGCCACCGGAGAGAGUGGAUGAAGCGCCCCGAAUGGCCGUCCUGGCAGUAGGAGGGUCGUCGGGCGGAGCCGUCCAAGUCGCUCCGGCGCGAGCCAAAGAGGCGGAACACGCAGCGGACGAGCUCACGCCUACCGGCGUGAGCGGUCCCGGCCGCUCUCCUUUUAUCGCCCUCACGACGACACUGCUGCGGCCACCGGAGAGAGUGGAUGAAGCGCCCCGAAUGGCCGUCCUGGCAGUAGGAGGGUCGUCGGGCGGACAGAGUCGUUGUGCCGUCCAAGUCGCUCCGGCGCGAGCCAAAGAGGCGGAACACGCAGCGGACGAGCUCACGCCUACCGGCGUGAGCGGUCCCGGCCGCUCUCCUUUUAUCGCCCUCACGACGACACUGCUGCGGCCACCGGAGAGAGUGGAUGAAGCGCCCCGAAUGGCCGUCCUGGCAGUAGGAGGGUCGUCGGGCGGAGCCGUCCAAGUCGCUCCGGCGCGAGCCAAAGAGGCGGAACACGCAGCGGACGAGCUCACGCCUACCGGCGUGAGCGGUCCCGGCCGCUCUCCUUUUAUCGCCCUCACGACGACACUGCUGCGGCCACCGGAGAGAGUGGAUGAAGCGCCCCGAAUGGCCGUCCUGGCAGUAGGAGGGUCGUCGGGCGGAGCCGUCCAAGUCGCUCCGGCGCGAGCCAAAGAGGCGGAACACGCAGCGGACGAGCUCACGCCUACCGGCGUGAGCGGUCCCGGCCGCUCUCCUUUUAUCGCCCUCACGACGACACUGCUGCGGCCACCGGAGAGAGUGGAUGAAGCGCCCCGAAUGGCCGUCCUGGCAGUAGGAGGGUCGUCGGGCGGAGCCGUCCAAGUCGCUCCGGCGCGAGCCAAAGAGGCGGAACACGCAGCGGACGAGCUCACGGUCGAGUUGUGGAGGCUGAGCGCGCCGUGCGCGAGGCGGCAUGUGUGGAAAGAGCGUGCGAUCGGUUUGGGCCGUGCGGAGGCAUGCACGCGAGUUUUGGUGUGCGGAUUGUGCGUAACGGAGGCGCGAUGGGUGGUUGACGAUUGCGGUACGGCGGAGAGUGCGUGGUAG